AAAACAAUGAGCAAAAUCGAUGCUCAAAUAACCACAAUUUAAUUUCUGUGAAACUAUCUUUAAAGAUGGGCGUGAGAGGGUUGCACAGAUUUAUGGAAGAAAAUCCCCAUAUUUUCAAGCCAUUUAAACUCCAUGAUACUCGAAUCAUCAUCGACGGAUGCAACUUGAUUCAUUAUUUGUAUACCUAUAGUGGAGUUGAUUACAGGUUCGGAGGCGAUUAUAACGAGUAUGCCAAUGUAGUCAGAAAGUAUUUUGCCACUUUCACUGAAUGCAAUAUCUCGCCCAUUGUUAUCUUCGAUGGAGGGUUUGAGCAAUCAGAACGCGCCCUUAAGAAGUGUAUAAGUAGGCAAGAAACUCGUCUACAGAAUAUCGCUGAUCUUAUACAAAAGGGAGAAUGCUGGUCCACGAUUUUGCCUAUCAAUGCUUACGAAGUUUUCAAAGACAUUCUUCAAGAAUUGGGUAUUACGUCCGCCCAGUGUGAUUACGACGGUGAUAAGCAAAUAGCAGCCCUUGCAAAAUGUUAUGAAUGUCCCAUUUUUAGCGACGAUAGUGACUUCUACAUUUAUGAUUUGCCUUUUGGUUUCAUAAGGUUCUCAAACAUCUCUACUAGAAUUUUAACUGAAAAAGGAAAAAAUGGCGCCACUAGAAACUAUUUGAACUGUCAGAUAUAUUAUGUUGACUCUCUGCUUGCUAACUUUCCUCUAAGGGAAAGAAACGUUUUGUCAUUAAUGACGGUUUUGGCGGGAAACGAUUAUUCGACUUACGAAGAUUUCAAACAUUUUUAUUAUAAAAUAAAUGUUCGAUCCAAAAGGAAAUUCUACGGUCUAUUUGCUUGGCUACGUCGCCAAACUUUAGAACAGGCUAUAAAACAAGUAUUACGGUUUACUACUGGCGGAAAAAAGAAUGACAUUGAAAUUAUGAUUGAAAAUUCCCUUGAGGAUUAUGAAGUGAAACACACUAACAUGGUGAACAUUGUAGACGGAAUAAGUUCAAAUUUAGAGAAGAAUAUUGUGUACGAAACGAAACUAUCUACUCCUUGUGGCAAACCGUUGCCAAAAGAGUUUGUUAUCGCUUUCCAUAAGGGUUUCAUUCCAUCUACAUUGUUAAAUAUCAUUAGUGUACAUAGGAAUUUUCUAUCUCCACAAGUUGAUAACUUUUCGAAUGACAGCUCUUACUCUUGCUCUCGAUAUAUACGCCAAGUAAUUUAUGGAAUACUUUUGUCACAUGAUCCGAAUAAUUCUAAACGCCAUGCUAAAAACUGUCUCCAACAAAUAGAAGAGUAUGAUCGUAAAAAUGACAGUGUGCUCCCAGCACGUGUGGAAUUUCUCACCGCGCUGAAAAGCGGCGAACCUGUACCAAAAAUGACGGAAAUAUAUCACAUGCGAAAAGAACACUUGCGAGAUUUUAUUGCUAGUGUGUUAGGAGUAGAUAAAAACUUUUUUUUGAAUAUUCCGAACCAUUUACAUUUGUUAUUUGGUUGCAUAAAAUUCUGGCUUUUAAACAGCGAACCCAAACCAACAAAAGAAUUCGUAUCUGCGCUUUUACUCUGUAUCUUGUACUAUCAGUUGAAAGAAAUAGUUUUACAAGCAAAUGCAAAUAAAAACAGAGCAGGAUCAAUUAAAAACAUAUCACAACCUAUAGCUAUUAAAAUAGUUGAAAAUUUAAAGCACUACGUACCAAAACCUGUCACUAGUCGGGAUAGUCCAUUUGAUGUACGCGUGGUUCAUUAUUACAGUCAAUUUCAGACGUGUGUUUUAGAGAUUGUUGCUUUAAACCGUUUGAUGAAUCUCCCUUUUGAACCACUCAAGGUUUACGAGUCAUUAACUGGUAGUAUGUUAUACAACUUGACCAAAGAGUUCGAAAAAAGUUCGAAUUCAGAAGCAGUUAUCAGGUCUUUACUGGGAGGGGAUAUUGUUGCUGUCAGAAUUUUUAAUACGUAUAUGAAUAAGUUUGUCUCAAAAUUACCAGGAAAUUAUUUUAGAUGGUCAUUUAGAGGACGACUACAUAGAACGUAGAUAAAUCGAGAACUUUUUUUGUAUAUUUAUUAAAAGUGAAUGCUCCUAAAUCAAGUACAAGUAAAACUAAUUUAAAAAAAAAAAAAAAACAGUUUGUUUCUACACGUAUCUGAAAACUAAAAAUGUAGAACUAGAGCAUUUUAAAUAGUUUUUAAAUUUUCGUGGUAUAAAUUACAAUCAGGCAAUUUUAGAAAACAAGAAAACUACGUGUCAUUUAAAAAGUUAUAGUGAAAACUUAUUGUAAUUAAACUGUUUUCAAAAUAGUUGUCCUUUUUUGUAGAUUAUUAACAUUGAAGUCUUUAAGACAAAUAAUAAUUAGCGUUGACCAAGUAUAAAAAUUUUAGUGAUUUAUAUCUUUUGGAGUGCACUAAUAAAAGUGUGUUCGUAUUCAUAAUGAUUUUCUUCCUUCAACAAUUUUUAUAUUUAGCCUGACAACUAUAACCGAAAUAUUUUUUCUCCUCAGAUCAUAAAAUUGGUUUAUAUUUUGCAUCUCUACUUAAAGAUUGAAAUUAUUGCACUUACUAGAUCGGUUUAACUUCCUUAAUUAGACUGGCAGUUUUCAAUAAUUCAACAGUUAGAACUAUAAAAAAACGUUCUUGCACCAAAUUUAUAUAACAGAGCAUAAGUAUUUCCUCCAGAAUUUCUGUAUUUACAUCAAAUGCUUUCUUAGCAGUCGGGCUGCAAGUCCUUUUUAAAUUGAAUUUUGUGGCAUGUAAUUUUUGUAAGACAUGUGAAAAGUCAUAACGUUGUUUUCAUUUGUUUAGAAAUCUCGAAAAAAUGUGAUGUGGUUUCAAAGUUUUCUUCGAUUUACAGGUUUGCUAUUCGCAGUGCCAUCUGUUAAAAUAUGUUUGUAUUAAAAAUAAGAAAUCUGGGAGGAGAGUUAACACAAUUUAUUUAUUUUUUU